UGCGCAGUAGAUCAGAAGCGCUUCUGAAGAAUACAUAAGGGCAGGGAAACCGAACCGCAAUGGGACAACUCUUAUUUCGGUCCAGUUCGGCCUAAAAAUAUCCCCAAAAUGGCUUUUAACCUUGACGGAGUGACAUUACCGGGUUUUUAAAGAUCUCUGCCCAUCCGAUUUGAUACUGAAAGGUACAAAGGGAAAGUUUACAAGCACAGGAACUUGAGGGACGAACCAUGGAAGAUUUCGGUUCGGCGCUUGAGAAGAACGUGGCGGAUCUGACCGUGAUGGAUGUGUAUGACAUCGCCGCAGUGGUGGGUCAGGAGUUCGAGCGGAUUAUUGAUCAGUAUGGAUGCGAGGCUCUGUCCCGCCUCAUGCCCAAAGUCGUCCGGGUUCUGGAGAUCCUGGAGGUUCUGGUGAGCCGGAACAGCAUCAGUCCCGAAACCGAGGAAUUGCGUCUGGAACUGGACCGGCUCCGAGUGGAGCGGAUCGACCGUAUGGAGAAGGAAAGGAAACAUAAAAAGGAGCUGGAGUUGGUGGAGGACGUCUGGAGAGGUGAAGCGCAGGAUUUGUUGUCUCAGAUCGCCCAGCUGCAGGAAGAAAACAAGGCGCUGCUCAACAACCUGUCCAUCAAAGAGAGUCCCAUGACAGAUGAAGAUAUACAGAAACAGGAAGGCAUGACCGAGAGGGAGCGGCAAGUGAUGAAGAAGCUGAAGGAAGUUGUAGAUAAACAGAGAGAUGAGAUCCGCGCUAAAGAUCGUGAGCUGACGCUGAGGAAUGAAGACGUUGAAGCACUCCAGCAGCAGUUGAACCGAUUGAUGAAGAUCAACCAUGACCUGCGGCAUAAGAUCACGGUGGUGGAGGCUCAGGGUAAAGGUCUGAUCGAGCAGAAGGUGGAGCUGGAGGCGUCUGCUCAGGCACGACAGCAGGAACUGGGUAACCUUCGACAGGAGGUGGGACGUCUUAAAGAGCGACUCAAGGAACACGGAAAGACAAACGCCGAGACUGAAGAACCUGUAGCACCACCAUCACCUGCACAGUUGAGUAAAGUGACUGCCGUCUGGGCUCAGGAUUUAGCUUCUGAGCUCCUCGCUGGGGGUAUGGAGAUGGAGGAAGGUCCCAUCAGUAUCACCCCUGUCACAGGGGCCCGACAGCCCCCAACAGAUGAAAGUGAAGAAGAAGAAGAUGAUGAUGAUGAAGAUGCCAUGUUUCUCUGGGAGGCGAUAUGUGAUGACGACACGUCCACGAUCGAGGCAAAAGAUCCGAACCGGCCACGAUUCACCCUGCAGGAGCUGCGGGACGUCCUGCAUGAGAGAAAUGAGUUGAAAGCUAAAGUCUUUAUGCUGCAAGAAGAAAUGGCGUAUUACAAAAGUGAAGAACAGGAAGAGGAAUCAGGUCCCCCCAUGCCAGACCCAUCACUGACUCUUCGGCCGAGCUCUCGCUCCAGCAUUCAGCCCGAGUCUGGCAUUAAACGACUGUUUAGCUUCUUCUCGCGGGAUAAAAGCAGAGGAGGAUUGCAGAGGAGGGCGGGUCAGGUGGACGGCGGCUUCGGCUCGUGGGCCGGGAAAGAAGACGUUUACACAGAACAGGCCCAAGAAGCAUUACAGCACAUGUAACAAACACACACGCUUCACGUCUAACCUGCAUCAUGUGCCACUGUUACACUUCCUUCGACGGUCAACCUUCACUGCACAUCUGUCAGCCAAUGAGACGGAAGAGAAGUUAUUGAUCCAUCUUGACUCUUGUAGCCACCCAAAGAUACUUUAAGAGAACUUAUGUGCCUAUUUUGUUAGAGGUUUUAUUUUUACUGAGUUACUGUAAGUAGAUGAUGUGAAAAUCGAUUUCAGGCGGUUGUGAAGUUUAAAGUUGCCUUCAUUAGAUUAGAUAAAUACCUAUUUUGAAUAUAAAUUGAAUUAUAAAUGAAAUAAUGGAUAGAGAACGUGAAUGACGUUUGUGACUGAAAGUCAGUUUUUAAUUUUUAAUAAUUAUGCCCAAACCAGCGAUUGUAUAAAUGAGAAGGUGUUUAAAACUCGAAAUUGCACUUAUUUUUGGCACACAAAGUAUUUCAAUGAUUGUUUCAGAAGUAACUGUCUGGCAGCAUUUAAGAAGAACACAUAAUUUAACUUUCUGUUUGAAAAGGUCAGAACUUUACUUUGAACAAUGAAAUCAAGAAACAAAGUUAAUUUGCAUUAUGUCUGCAUUGCAUUUAUGCAGAACUAUAUUAAUAAUCCAUAGUUUACUGCGAAGGACGCGUCAUUCACCAGCUGUUAUGCAUUGCUUGAAUGGUGCUUUCAUUAGCAAUAAUAGAUCCUUUCAGCAGAGCAUGAAAAUGCUGACUGUGUGUGAAGAACCGUGUGUUUUUAAGGCAGCUUUGUAAGCUAGAAACUCACGUGGUCCUUAUUUCAAUUGUUGACCUUGUAUUUCGAUGAGUAAACCAUUUAAAAUGAAGACAAACUUUAGAAAGUAAACUGUAUUAGUCACACACACAAAGCUGUUUUACUGUUAAAAGAGAAACAUCUUAACUGGAUUGUUGUGAAGGAUUAUGAACAUUAACUCAUCUCAUUCUGUAUUAAAAUAUUUUAUACCAUG